UAAGCGAAUGUGUGUGUGAGUGUGGAAGCCUAUCCGCCAGGCAGUCGGCUCCUGCGCUGAGGAAAGGUGUGUUAAGCGGCUGACCUCGCACUGAAUGGACUAGCUAGAUUUUUCGCAGCCACGUAAGUACACACCACCGCCGGAGAGGAUGUCUUGCUGAAUCAAGGGAAAGGCCUUGGGAAGUCGGCCAUCCUUUACUUCCAGCAGCAGAAACAGCCGGCAAAAGUUCCUUUGGAUUCAAAAACGAAUUCGUCGCAAAGGACAUCCACUUCCGAACACAACAAAGGUCUUUGAAUUCUGGAUGGUUUUCUCGCUCCAUAUUUGGUCGAUGGCAAUUCCCGGAGCUCGCUGCAUGGACAUGAUGUGUUAAACGAACAAGGACCGUAUGGCACUGACCUGGUAGCUAUAAAGCAAUACCUGGUAGCUAUCAAGAAUUAAUGUUGAUUUAAAUAUAGGCCGACCGUAGUUUGCAACCUCAGUGCGAUUUUAACCGCGGUUACUUUGUAUCUUCUCUGUCUGCAAGGUAUUUUCGGAAACGUGUGAUGUAAUUCAAUGAAUUGCAAGUCUGGCGGGCUAUUUUUGUGCUUAUAUUUAAUCUAGUAGUGCAAUCAUCAUUACAAAACUGCAAUCGGUAGGAUUUGAGUGUUUCCUUUGUUGCAAAUCGGCGUUGCUGUCUCGCACUCUGGUAAAGCGUUUAUGCUCAAAUUCAGCACUCUCUUUUGUGCAAAGGGCUGCCGUGCGUCACGGUGCAGUGAACAAUGCUUUUGUUUUAGUCCCAUAGCUGGGUAGAUAAAGAAAACAUAUUGCAAACGUUGUCUUAGAAUUGCUUAUUUCAAUACAUGUAUUCCAUAUGAGCCCUCCAACAGUAGCCUCGCCUACAGAUAAGAGUUUGACAUAACCUACUUAUUACAUUGUAAUAGGUGCACUUGCAAGAGUAGCACAAAACAUAAUCUAGCUUUAUAUUUUUUAAAGGGCAGCAACAAAGUACAGGACCACAACAACCAAUCUAUUUACUUAAGUUUACAACCCAAAGUGUCGUCAAAGAGAAGACGACCGGAGAGUUUGGCAGUAUUAGGGAAUCCUGAUGAACAUACAACUAUCUAAUCCCAUCAACAUCUCGCGUUAUGGGAGAUCACGGCACAAAGCGACCGAUUUUGAGGAGUUAGGCCUAUCUUGCUUGAGGACUACAGAAUCCAGCCAGAGUUUCAGCCCUAACCUAGGGUCCCCUAGCCCCCCCGAAACACCAGAUUCCUCCCACUGUAUCUCCUGCAUCGGUAACUACCUACUCCUCGAGCCCUUGGAGGGUGAUCACGUUUUCAGGGCCGCCCACCUGCACACCGGGGAAGAGCUCGUAUGUAAGGUGUUUGAGAUAGGCAUUUACCAGGAGUCCCUGGCGGCCUACUUCUCCCUGGGCAGACAUGAGCACAUCAACCAGGUGGUGGAGGUCCUGCUGGGGGAGAAGCGGGCCUACGUCUUCUUCGAGAGGAGCCACGGAGACAUGCACUCCUUCGUCCGUACCUGCAAGAAGCUGCGUGAGGACGAGGCCGCCAGACUCUUCCAUCAGAUAGCCUCAGCAGUGGCACAUUGCCAUGACAACGGCGUGGUCCUCCGGGACCUCAAGCUGAGGAAGUUUGUCUUCAGGAACGAGGACAGGAGCCUUGUGAAGCUGGAGAGCCUAGAAGACACCUACAUCCUAGAGGGCAAUGAUGACUCUCUGUCAGAAAAACAUGGCUGCCCUGCCUACGUCAGCCCCGAGAUCCUCAACGCCAGCGGCAGCUACUCAGGCAAGGCGGCCGACGUCUGGUCCCUGGGCGUCAUGCUCUACACCAUCCUGGUGGGCCGCUACCCCUUCCACGACGUAGAACCCAGCUCCCUGUUCAGUAAGAUCCGCCGGGGCCACUUCAGCAUCCCAGAGAACCUGACGCCCAAGGCCAAGUGUCUGAUCCGGAGUAUCCUCCGCCGGGAGCCCGCAGAGCGCCUCACGUCCCGGGAGAUCCUGGAGCACCCCUGGUUCUUAUCCUCCGGGGCAGCAGGUGGCGCUAUGGUCCAGGGGAGAGGGGAGCAGGAACAGACUGUGCCCGAGGUGAACAUGGAGGAGGAGCUGGAUCAGUUCUUCAGCUGAGAAGACAGGAAACAGGGAGCACAAAGGGAGGACUACGCCACAGAGCGGAACAAACGCGACACGCUCUGAAAGAGCCUAAAAGUAGAUUAGUUGUUUAGCAGGUGAAACAUUGUCACUCACAGAAAAGAUGUAUCCAUCUUUUUUCUUUCCAUUUCAUGGAAAACCAACCUCGAGGCGGAGCCAGGUGGCGAAUGGUGUAUUAACAUAAUUGGGGGCGGGACUUCUGUUAAGAGGAGUUGCCGCCACUGGACAUGCAAGUCACAAACAAUGUAGCAAACGUUAUCUUUUGUUGUUUGUUUUUUUAAGUGGUGCUUUUAAAAGUAGAGACAUACGCCAUGUUGUGACGCUACAGAAAGCACGAAGGGACAAAAAACCUCAGCCAAGGAGAACAAGAACACCACUCCUCUAUGCGCUCUCACACACCCAGGUAGAAGUUACCCACUAACCAAAGAUCUAGGAUCAGAUCACAUAACCCUCAGUCCUCACCUUAACCAUUAUGAGGAUUAACAAUAUCUGACCCUGGACCUGUGGUCAGGGCCAACUUCUACCUCCUCUGUUCCAACAAUCAUCAGGACAGAUGACCUCAUUUUUGUUUUGUCACUCAGUGUUUGUCUCUCAUUACCUAACAUGACCUUAGAACCUAGGUUAUAAAGCUCUUUCAUUGACAUAGAAGACGAGUACUGACUAAACUAUUUUAUGUCUUCAGAAACGUGUGUACUUCAUCAUCUUUUUCUGUGUAGCCUUAUUUCUCUCCCCCACUCAUCAUGUGCAUUUCUUUAAAAAAACUAUCUUCCACCACCAUCAAUUUGUCAUUUAAUAAUAAGGCUAUGUUUUAAGUCUGAUAUCACCUUGUUGUAUUAAGCUAUUCCAUUAAAUUAUUAAUGCUGCUUUGAUAUCUUCUGCUUAACCUUAAUUUGUAACCUCCCUCUCUCGUUGUGCCUCCACUAAUGGCAUAAUGCACUUGAUUUGUUUAGGUUAGGUUAGGUGAACAAUCAAUUCCACCUCUCUAGACUCGCUUUCUCUAUUUAAGUUUAGCUUUUCAUUUGUAGGAGAGGAAAACUUAACAUUUUAUUUAAAUUGUAACAACUAUAUAAAUAUAUAUAUAUUUAAAAAAAAACAUUGCAGGGUUUUUCUUUUUCAGAGAUUCCUUUUUCAUGUAUAUUAAAGGCAAUAGUUUGGACACAGGACAUGUGCGAUGGGAAAAAAGUCUGUCCAAAGUUUUUAGAAUAAACAAUUAAACUUUUGUGCCAGUAUUUCUCUGCCCCCACCACCCAUGCCAACUUCGGUCACCCCUUAAUAUAUUUUAUUUUGAACUUGAAAUCAGUUAUUAAACAAUAUUAUUACAGUAACAUGGUCUGCAGUAGCCCAUGUUAAUUUUCUACUGCCUGCGUAGGUCCUGUAAAACUGUCCUGUUCUGAAUGGGUACCAGUGGACAUGUUUUGUCGUAUCUCAAUGUUACUUGAAUUUGUGUUUUUAUUAACUAGUCCUUGGCAUGCACCCUAUGAAUGCUAUAGCCUGCCUAGCAGGGUGAAACAGAAUAAGCUUCUUUUUUUUUUUAUAAAAGUCAAAACACAAGUGAAAAUGUUAUCGGAAAUGUGCUAUUUUGAGUCACUUUUAAAACUGACUAUUGCUUUUAUUUUGUUUCGUAGAAUGAGCUGCCCUUAUUUGCAUUGGUGCUGAUUUGGUGCUAAUGCUUAAGAAGUCCUCUUGUUUUUGUUUGGAGGGGAGUGGUGCAUGGUGGGAAUUCUGCCUCGGAUGUUCUGAUUGUAAAAUGUAACAGAUUUUGGUGUUUUGUCCAAAUUUAUUCAGUAAAUAAAUUGUGAACUGCA